AUGGCGCGAGAAGCCAAUACUGCCACGAUGCUCACCCUCGCUGGGGAAAUCUUUGGUCAAACUUACCAGUUGGAAAAGUUCAUGAAGGAGAAAUCCAUCAAAGAACCUUCUCUUGCCGUUGGAGCCUACACUGAGCUAUGGUCGUCCCACACGACAGAAAUCGCUACAGCUCAGACCAGCAUCCUCGACUUAACCCAGAAGCUCACAAAACUCCUCUAUGGACCACACGGAUUCCUGCAUGAGUAUGUUUCCUCGAACUGGGAAUACGGUGCUCUGUACACAGUUCUCGAAUUCGACAUCCUCGAAAAGAUCCCGCUUGAUGGAGAGGUCCACGUAUCAGAGCUGGCUAUGCUGUCCGGCUUACCUGAGAACAAGCUUCUGCGUAUAUUACGGUUGGUCGCCUGCGAGCAAAUCUUGGAAGAGACCUCCGAACAGGUCUUCCGCCAUACUGUGAUAUCCGAGGAAUUGGUGAGGAACAAGAAGAUGAAGGCAUGGGUUGGAUUCCAGUUGUUUGAGACACGUGUUGCAAGCGCGCAUUUGGCCGACUCACUCAAGCAUCGCAACGACUUUCAAACUGGGUCGUCGGCUUUCAAACACGCCUGGGGAGCUUCUAUGUAUGACUGGCACAAAGCCCAUCCGGAGAAAUUCGCCCGUUUUAACCUGGCAAUGCAGGGUGUCACUCAAUCUCUCGACCCAGGAAAUGGUCUUUUCUGCGACUGGUUCAAUAGCAACAAGCGAAACAAGCACCGCAACCUGGUUGUAUACAUUGGCGCUAGAGACGGGCACGUCUACCAGUAUCUAGCAGAGCAAUAUCCCGACAUCUCCGUCGAAGUCCAAGACAAUUCGGAACAACUCCUCACCCAAGGCCAAAAAUCCCUCCCACCAGACCUCCAACCCCGAAUCACCUACACCAAGCGCGAGAUCUUCACCCCGCAACCCGCCCCCUCCUCCCCAGACAACCAAACCCUCGCCUUCAUCCUCCGCAACGUCCUCUGGAACCUCUCUGACUCGGACGCCAUCACCCUCCUCCGCACCUUCAUCCCCGUUCUCGAAGCCUCGCCAGAAACCGUCAUUCUGGUCAACGAUAUGUUGUCACCCGCCCGCGGCGAAUUUGACGCCCAGACCGAGAAAGCAUAUCGCAGACGCGACAUCACGGUGAUGACAAUGCAUAAUGCGAAGCAGAGGACGGAGGGGGAUUGGAGGCAGUUGUUCGAGGCGGUGAGUCCGCAUUUUGUGGUUAGGGGGUGGACGGCCUUUACGAGUCAUGCUUAUAGGGGUCUUUGGGAGAUUAAGUGGGUGCUUGCAAAUUAA